AUGGGAGGUUGGGCUAUUAUACAUGUAAUUGGUCUUGACUUGAGUCAGGAAUUUAUUUCCGGAGGCCUAGACAAUUCAAGUCUCUUCAACCUUCAUUAUUUGAUGAAUUUGAAUUUGGCUUACAAUGACUUCCAUUCUAUGAUUCCUUCCAAGUUUAGCUUGUUGAAGAAUUUAAGGUAUUUGAACUUGUCAAAUGCUGGAUUUGAGGGUCAAAUUCCAAUUGAGAUCACUCACCUGACAAAGUUGUUUACUCUUGAUUUGUCUACUUCAUUUACCUCAAUACAUACUCUAAAACUUGAGAAGCCAAAUAUAGGAAUGCUUAUGCAGAACCUUACAGAAAUCACAGAACUGUAUCUGGAUGGUGUAAGGGUAUCUACUUCUGGGAAGGAGUGGUGCUAUGCCAUAUCUUCAUUGAAAAAGCUACAUGUUUUCAGCAUGUCAUCCUGCAAUCUCUCAGGACCAAUUGAUUCUUCCCUAUCAAAGCUUCAGUCUCUUUCUGUGAUUCAACUGAACUUGAAUAAUAUGUCAAGCCCGGUGCCGGAAUCCUUUGCAAAUCUCUCUAGCUUGACCACCCUGCAGCUUAGUAGUUGUGAAUUGACUGGUGUUUUUCCAAAGGAUAUCUUCCAAAUACAAAAACUAAAGGUCCUUGAUAUAUCAGAUAAUCAUGACCUUGGUGGUUCCUUGCCAUACUUCCCACAAGAUGGAUAUCUUCAAACCUUGAAUCUUUCCAAUACAAAUUUCUCUGGACACUUACCACGUGCUAUAUCCAAUUUGAAGCUUUUGUCUACAUUAGAUCUAUCUUACUGCCAAUUCGGUGGAACACUCCCUAUUUCAUUUUCAGGACUCUCCCAACUUGUUCACUUGGACUUGUCAUUCAAUAACUUCACUGGCCCUCUUCCAUCUCUCAAUAUGUCCAAGGACCUCAAUUAUUUAUCCCUCAUUCACAAUAAUUUCACAGGACCUAUUCCAUCUUCUUACUUGAAGGGGCUUGUGAAUCUCGUCGUCCUUAAUUUAGGUUUCAACUCCUUGAAUGGGAGAGUACCCUCAUCUCUAUUUGCACUUCCUUCUCUGCAGGAGCUUACACUUUCUCAUAAUGGAUUUGAUGGUUUCUUAGAUGAAAUCUUAAAUGCAUCUUCCUCAACAUUACAAUUGGUUGAUUUGACUGGCAACAAAUUACAAGGGACUAUUCCUGUGUGUCUCUUUCAUAUGAAAAACCUGGAUUUUCUCCAACUUUCUUCAAAUCAAUUCAACGGCACAAUAAGGCUAGAUAUGUUUUGGAGAUUGCCUAAUCUACAUACAUUAGGCCUUUCACACAACAACUUGUCAGUUGAUACAACUUUCAAUGAUGAUCCUAGCAUCUCAUUGUAUCCCAGUAAGAAGAGACUAUUGUUGGCUUCCUGCAAGUUGAGGGAAUUCCCUGCUUUCUUGAGAAAUCAAUCCCAAUUAAUUUCUCUAGACCUAUCCAGCAACCAGAUUCAAGGGACAAUACCUAACUGGAUUUGGAGAUUUGACUCUAUGGUUGAUCUGAAUAUUUCCAACAAUUUUCUAACAGAUUUGGAAGGGCCCUUUGAAAAUCUUGUCUCCAAUAUAAUAUUGCUUGACCUUCAUUCCAACCAACUCGGUGGGUCAAUUCCCACUUUCCCAAAAUAUGCAGCCAUGUUGGACUACUCAAGCAAUAGAUUCAGCUUUUUCCCACCUCAUACUAAGAAGUACCUCCAUUUUGCAUAUUUCCUCUCCCUUUCAAACAAUAGCUUUCAUGGAAAAAUUGAUGAAUCCUUUUGUGAUUGUUCUACUCUUCGAAUGCUUGAUCUUUCCCAUAACAUGUUCAAUGGCUUCAUUCCUGAGUGUUUGACAAGGAGUAGUACUCUGAGGGUAUUAAAUCUUGCUGGGAACAAACUAUCAGGUUAUUUAUCUGAUUCAUUUCCCAGUUCAUGUGAUUUAAGGUUUCUUGAUCUCAAUGGAAAUCUAAUGGGUGGCACCAUCCCAAAAUCAUUAGUUAACUGUCACAGGCUAGAAGUUGUAAACCUUGGAAACAAUCUAUUGAGUGAUAGAUUCCCUUGCUUCUUUAAGAACAUUUCCACCUUGCGAGUCUUGAUUCUAAGGUCAAACAAACUACAUGGUUCAAUUGGAUGCAAACAUGGCACAGGCAAUUGGGAGAUGCUUCAUAUUAUUGAUCUUGCCUCUAAUAAUUUCACUGGCACACUACCAGGAACACUUUUGCAAAGCUGGACAGCAAUGAUGGGUGGUGUUAAAGACAAAGCAUCAGAGAAACCAGGCAAUUUAUUUUUUGAUAUGUAUGAUUUCCAUGAUUUUGUGAGUUACAAGGAUGUAUUGUCAGUUCUCAACAAAGUUACUAUUAUGAAAAUAGCCAAAAUGGAAGCAGGUGAACCUCUUUCUGUGCUUGAACACAUGUUCUCUUACAUUGGCAUUGCUGACCAGUUGCGUGGAACCUACCUAGAUUCAGUUAUAGUUGUCAACAAAGGUAUGCAAAUGAUGUUGGCCAAAAUUCUUGCUGUCUUAACUUCAUUGGAUCUUUCAUCCAACCAUUUUGAUGGUCCAAUACCAGAAGAGCUUAUGAGUUUUAAAGCAUUGAUUGUUCUUAACCUAUCACACAAUGCUUUCUCUAGCCACAUCCCAUUAUCUUUUGGAAAUCUGACACAGCUUGAGUCAUUAGACAUGUCAAAUAACAAUUUGAGUAAAGUUAUUCCCACACAAAUGGCAAGUUUGUCUUUCCUUUCAGUUUUGAACCUCUCCUUUAAUCAUUUGGUGGGGAAAAUUCCAACAGGUACUCAAAUUCAGUCUUUUGAAGCAGAUUCCUUUGAAGGCAAUGAAGGGUUAUGUGGACCUCCACUAACCAAGAAUUGUAGUGAUGAUGGAGUACAAGACUUGCCAAUACCACCAUAUACAGCUCCUGAAACACAUAGUUCAAUUGACUGGAAUUUUUUAAGUUCUGAGAUAGGAUUCACUUUUGGCUUUGGAUUUGUUAACCUUCCCCUUAUAUUCUGGAAGAGAUGGAGGCUGUGGUAUAGUAAGCAUGUGGAUGAUUUGCUCUACAAAAUCUUCCCUCAGCUUGAUUUUGUAUAUGAACAACAUGGAGGGAAAAAUUACAGAACUCUAAGGUGGAGGCCUAGAUGA